AUGACAACCCUAAGAUCAAACUUGCCAUCGAGGAUUCGUCAACUUCUGUCCGCCGACGGUGCUCUCGGGCCGUCCAUCAAACUCGACUCUGAGCCUCCUCCUAAGAUCAAAGCCUUUAUCAAUAAGGUGAUACAGUGUCCAUUACAAGAUAUAGCAAUACCUCUUUCCGGUUUCCGUUGGGAGUACAGUAAGGGUAAUUUUCACCAUUGGAGGCCGCUUUUUCUGCAUUUUGAUACAUAUUUCAAGACAUACUUGUCUUCUAGGAAUGACCUACUCUUGUCAGAUAAAAUCUUAGAAGAUGAUAGUCCAUUUCCAAAGCAUGCAGUACUACAAAUUUUGAGAGUGAUGCAAACAAUUUUAGAAAAUUGCCAUAACAAGAGUUCAUUUGAUGGCUUAGAGCAUUUCAAGCUCCUACUUGCAUCAACAGAUCCUGAGGUUCUUAUAGCUGCAUUAGAAACACUUUCUGCACUAGUGAAAAUAAACCCCUCCAAGCUGCACGCUAGUGGGAAGAUGAUUGGUUGCGGUUCAGUAAACACAUAUCUCCUGUCUUUGGCACAGGGCUGGGGAAGCAAGGAAGAGGGGUUGGGUUUAUAUUCAUGCGUCAUUGCAAACGAGACUACCCAAGAUGACGGGCUGAAUUUGUUCCCAUCUGAUGUAGAAAAUGAUUCUGACAAGUCUCAGUGUCGAAUGGGUUCUACACUCUAUUUUGAAGUGCAUGGGAAUGCCCAAAGUACAGAGGAAAGCUCCAGCAAUGUAAAUAAUUCUUCCAGUUUGGGGGUUAUACAUAUGCCAGAUCUGCAUUUGCAGAAGGAGGAUGAUUUGAAGAUGAUGGAACGAUGUAUAGAGGAGUACAGGGUACCUUCUGAGCUCCGGUUCUCACUGCUGACUAGAAUCAGAUAUGCUCGUGCCUUCCGUUCUCCGAGAAUAUGUAGGCUGUACAGCAGGAUUUGCCUUCUUGCAUUUAUUGUGCUCGUUCAGUCUAGUGAUGCUCAUGAAGAACUUGUUUCCUUCUUUGCUAAUGAGCCAGAGUAUACUAAUGAACUAAUCAGAAUUGUCCGGUCUGAAGAAUCAGUUUCUGGAACCAUCAGAACCCAAGCAAUGCUUGCCUUGGGAGCUCAGCUAGCUGCGUAUUCAGCAUCUCAUGAGCGGGCACGAAUCUUGAGUGCAUCCAGUAUCAGUUUUGCAGGGGGCAAUCGUAUGAUACUCCUGAAUGUGCUCCAGAGAGCUGUUUUAUCACUUAAAAACUCCAACGAUCCAACUUCUCUUGCUUUUGUUGAAGCCCUUCUUCAGUUCUAUUUGCUCCAUGUGGUUUCAUCAUCAACUACGGGGAGUAAUGUUAGAGGGUCAGGCAUGGUUCCAACAUUCUUGCCUCUUUUGGAGGAUUCUGAUCCUUCGCACUUGCAUCUAGUCUGUUUUGCUGUCAAAACUCUACAAAAGCUCAUGGAUUACAGUAGUUCAGCCGUGUCUCUUUUUAAAGAGUUGGGGGGAGUUGAACUUUUGGCUCAGAGACUACAGAUAGAGGUACACCGGGUUAUUGGUUUGGCUGGCGAUAAUGAUAAUUCAAUGGUCAUUGGCGAAAGCUCAAGAUACAGUGAUGACCAGUUGUACUCACAGAAGAGGCUCAUUAAAGCUUCGUUGAAGGCACUUGGGUCUGCUACGUAUGCUGCUGGGAAUUCCACCAGAGCGCAACACUCCCAUGACAGUUCUUUACCUGCAACUCUUUCUCUGAUAUUUGCAAAUGUAGAAAAAUUUGGUGGUGACAUUUAUUACUCUGCUGUGACUGUUUUGAGUGAAACUAUCCACAAAGACCCAACUUGCUUUUCUGCUUUGCAUGAAAUGGGGCUUCCAGAUGCAUUUAUAUCUUCAGUUGUAGCAGGAGUUCAUCCAUCUGCGAAGGCUCUUACAUGUGUACCUAAUGGUCUUGGUGCUAUUUGUCUUAAUGCCAAAGGCUUGGAGGCUGUGAAGGAAAGGUCAGCAUUACGCUUUCUUGUUGACAUCUUCACCAGCAAGAAAUAUGUUGUGGCGAUGAAUGAAGCUAUUGUUCCUUUGGCAAAUGCAGUGGAAGAGCUUUUGCGCCAUGUAUCAUCACUAAGAAGUACUGGUGUUGAUAUUAUCGUUGAAAUCAUUGAUAAAAUUGCUGCCUUCACUGAUAGCCACAGCACAGGGGCAGGAGGAAAGGCAAAUGGGAGUACUGCUAUGGAAAUGGAUUCUGAAGACAAAGAAAAUGAAGGUCAUUGCUGUCUGGUCGGUUCUGCUGAUUCAGCUGCAGAUGGGAUCGGUGAUGAGCAGUUCAUUCAAUUAUCCAUCUUUCAUUUGAUGGUACUGGUCCACAGAACAAUGGAGAAUUCCGAAACAUGUCGGUUGUUUGUUGAGAAUACCAUGGUUUUCAAGGGUUUUACUCAACAUCACUCUGCUGCACUUGCCCGUGCAUUCUGCUCCUCCCUCAGGGACCACCUAAAGAAAGCUUUGUCUGGAUUUGGGGCAGUUUCAGGGUCCUUUUUGUUGGAACCUAGGAUGGCCUUGGAUGGUGGAAUCUUUUCUUCUCUGUUUCUUGUUGAGUUCCUUUUAUUUAUUGCUGCCUCAAAGGACAAUCGCUGGGUAACGGCAUUGCUUACUGAAUUUGGAAAUGGUAGCAAGGAUGUUGUUGAAGAUAUAGGGCGUGUCCAUCGUGAAGUUUUGUGGCAGAUUGCUCUUCUAGAAGAUACCAAGUCUGAGGUGGUGGAUGACAGUGCUGGUUCUGCUACUACUGAGUCACCACAGUCAGAAACAAAUACAAGUGAAACUGAAGAGCACAGGUUCAACUCUUUUAGGCAGUUCCUUGAUCCACUUCUCAGAAGAAGGACAUCUGGGUGGAGCAUUGAAUCCCAGUUUCUAGACCUUAUUAGCCUAUAUCGUGACCUCGGUCGUGCCAGUUCUCAACAAAGAACACAUUCUGAUGGUCCUUCGAAUCUUCGGAUUGGAUCCAGUCAGCAAUUCCAUCCUUCUGGGUCUUCAGAUGCCGUUGGUCCUCUUAAUAGAAAGGAGCAUGACCAGCAGAGGUCCUAUUAUACUUCUUGCUGUGAUAUGGUAAGAUCACUUUCUUUUCACAUUACCCAUCUGUUUCAGGAGCUGGGGAAGGUCAUGUCGCUACCAUCUCGUCGACGGGAUGAUGUUGUGAAUGUUUCCCCUUCUGCAAAAUCGGUGGCUUCUACUUUUGCAUCCAUUGCAUUCAAUCACUUGAACUUUGAAGGGCAUGCAAAUUCUUCUGGAUCUGAGGCUUCCAUAUCAACUAAAUGUCGGUAUUUUGGUAAAGUUAUUGAUUUCAUUGAUGUCAGUCUACUAGAGAGACCAGAUUCAUGUAAUGCCGUUUUGCUAAAUUGCUUAUAUGGACAUGGAGUUGUCCAGUCAGUUUUGAAAACAUUUGAAGCUACAAGUCAAUUGCUCUUCACAGUUAGGGUUCCUGCAUCUCCCAUGGAAACGGAUGAUGGGAAUGCAAAGCAGGAUGAAAGGGAAGAUACUGACCAUUCAUGGAUUUAUGGUCCUUUAGCUAGCUAUGGAAAACUUAUGGACCACCUGGUAACGUCUUCUUUCAUAUUAUCUCCUUUUACAAAACACUUGCUAGCACAACCCCUGGCAAAUGGAAAUAUUCCUUUUCCACGCGAUGCUGAGACUUUUGUAAAGGUCCUCCAAUCUAUGGUGCUGAAGGCAAUUCUUCCUCUCUGGACUCAUCCCCAGUUUGUUGAUUGUAGUUAUGAUUUUAUUAGUGCUGUUAUUUCUAUAAUCAGACACAUAUACUCUGGGGUUGAAGUGAAGAAUGUUAGUAGUAGCUCCAGUGCCCGUAUUACUGGCCCGCCUCCUAAUGAGACAACCAUUUCAACAAUUGUAGAGAUGGGCUUUUCCAGGUCUAGGGCGGAAGAAGCUCUGAGGCAAGUUGGAUCAAAUAGUGUGGAGUUGGCUAUGGAGUGGCUGUUUUCCCAUCCAGAGGAGAUUCAAGAAGACGAUGAACUGGCUCGUGCACUUGCCAUGUCUUUGGGUAAUCCGGGUAAUCCUGAAUCAGACACUAAGGAAGCUGGUGCAAAUGACAAUGCUCCGCAGCUUGAAGAGGAGAUGGUCCAACUUCCUCCUGUUGAGGAGUUGUUAUCUACGUGCACAAAGCUUCUGCAGAUGAAGGAACCUCUAGCUUUUCCAGUUCGAGACCUACUUGUGAUGAUAUGCUCCCAAAAUGAUGGUCAAUAUCGGCCUAAUAUCAUCUCGUUCAUUGUUGAUCGGAUAAAAGAAUCUAGUUUGAUUUUUGACAGUGGAAACAGUACCUUGCUAUCUGCUCUUUUUCAUGUUCUUGCUUUAAUUCUUCAAGAAGACGCAGUUGCACGAGAAAUUGCCUCGAAGAAUGGUCUUGUGAAAGUUGCUUCGGAUCUACUCUCCCAAUGGGAUUCUGGUUCAGUUGGUAGGGAGAAACGUGAAGUUCCAAGGUGGGUAACAACAGCUUUUCUUGCUAUCGACCGGCUGUUGCAGGUGGAUCAAAAACUGAAUUCUGAAAUUGCAGAGCAGUUGAAGAAGGAUGGUGUUAGUAGCCAGCAAACAUCACUUAGCAUUGAUGAGGAUAAGCAAAAUAAGUUGCAGUCUGCAUUGGGAGUAUCUUCAAAGCAUAUAGAAGUAAAAGAUCAGAAGAGGCUUAUUGAGAUUGCUUGUUCUUGUAUCAGGAACCAGCUUCCUUCCGAAACAAUGCAUGCUGUUCUGCAGCUUUGCUCUACUCUCACCAAAACUCAUGCUGUUGCGGUUCAUUUUCUUGAUGCUGGGGGUUUAAGUUUAUUGCUUUCUUUGCCGACAAGUAGCCUCUUUCCUGGGUUUGACAAUAUUGCUGCUACCAUUAUCCGCCAUGUUCUUGAAGAUCCUCAAACUCUUCAGCAGGCAAUGGAAUUUGAGAUAAGGCACAACCUUGUGGCUGCUGCCAACAGGCAUUCCAAUGGUAGGGUUUCUCCCCGCAAUUUUCUAUCAAGUCUAAGUUCUGCCAUUUCUCGGGAUCCUGUGAUAUUUAUGCGUGCUGCUCAGUCUAUUUGUCAAGUUGACAUGGUUGGUGAAAGGCCUUACAUUGUUUUGCUGAAAGAUCGUGACAAAGAUAAAAGCAAAGAAAAGGAAAAGGAGAAGGAUAAAUCUUUGGACAAAGAAAAAACACUGAUGGCUGAUGGUAAAGCUGCUCUGGGUAAUUUAAAUUCAGUAGCUUCUGGGAAUGGACAUGGCAAGGUUCAUGAUUCAAAUUCAAAGAGUGCAAAAGUUCAUAGAAAGUAUCCCCAGAGUUUUGUGUGUGUGAUUGAGCUUCUUCUAGAUUCUGUGUGCACUUAUGUACCUCCUUCUAAAGAUAAUGUUGUCGUUGAUGUUCUCCAUGAUACACCAUCUUCAACUGACAUGGAAAUUGAUGUUGCUGCUAUUAAAGGGAAGGGAAAAGCUAUUGCCUCGGUGUCUGAAGAUAACGAAGCUGGUACCCAAGAGGCUCCUGCAUCUCUUGCAAAGGUUGUUUUUGUUUUGAAGCUUCUGACAGAGAUCUUAUUGAUGUAUGCUUCAUCUGCUCAUGUUCUGCUUCGGAAAGAUGCUGAAAUUGGUAGUUGCAGGGCCCCUAGUCAAAAGGGUCCUACUUCUGUAUGCACUGGUGGAAUAUUUCACCAUGUUCUUCAUAAGUUUCUUCCAUACUCACGCAGUGCCAAGAAGGAAAAGAAAGCAGAUGGUGAUUGGAGGCACAAAUUAGCAAGCAGGGCUAGCCAGUUUUUGGUUGCAUCAUGUGUUCGUUCUUCUGAGGCAAGGAAGAGAGUUUUUACUGAGAUCAGUUAUAUUUUUAAUGAUUUUGUUGACUCAUGCAAUGGUUUCCGGCCACCUGACAAUGAAAUACAAGCCUUUUGUGAUCUGCUUAAUGAUGUUCUGGCUGCUCGUACUCCUACUGGUUCAUACAUUUCUGCGGAAGCUUCUGCCACUUUUAUAGAUGCUGGUCUGGUCGGAUCAUUGACUCGAUGCCUCCAAGUGCUGGACCUGGACCAUGCUGACUCGCCUAAAGUUGUUACCGGUCUUCUCAAAGCUCUCGAGUUAGUAACCAAAGAACAUGUCCAUUCUGCUGACUCAAAUGCUGGUAAGGGUGACAAUUCUACAAAACCUCCUGAUCAUAAUCAAUCUGGAAUGGCAGAUAAUAUUGGUGAGAGAUCCCAAUCUAUGGAAACACCAUCCCAGUCCCACCAUGAUUCUGCACCAGCCGAGCACAUUGAGUCUUUUAAUGCGGUCCAGUCUUUUGGUGGUUCUGAAGCUGUCACAGAUGAUAUGGAACAUGACCAAGAUCUUGAUGGAGGUUUUGCUCCUGCUAAUGAAGAUGACUACAUGAAUGAAAAUUCGGAGGAAACAAGGGGUCUUGAAAAUGGCAUUGAUACUAUGGGUAUAAGGUUUGAAAUACAGCCUCAUGAGCAAGAAAAUCUUGAUGAUGACUCUGAUGAUGAUGAUGAGGAUAUGUCUGAGGAUGAUGUAGAUGAAGUAGAUGAUGAUGAAGACGAGGACGAUGAGGAGCAUAAUGAUCUCGAAGAUGAAGUCCAUCACCUGCCACAUCCUGACACUGAUCAAGAUGAUCAUGAGAUGGACGAUGAUGAAUUUGAUGAGGAAGUAUUAGAGGAAGAUGAUGAAGAUGAGGAGGAUGAGGAGGAUGGAGUUAUACUGAGGCUGGAGGAAGGCAUAAAUGGGAUUAACGUUUUUGACCAUAUUGAGGUUUUUGGUAGAGAUCACGGUUUUCCCAAUGAAACACUUCAUGUGAUGCCAGUUGAGGUUUUUGGUUCUAGGCGUCAAGGGCGCACUACUUCUAUUUACAGUCUUCUGGGUAGAACGGGUGAGAAUGCAGCUCCAUCAAGGCAUCCUCUUCUGGUUGGACCUUUGUCGCUGUCGUCAGCCCCGCCUAGGCAAUCAGAUAAUGCCCGUGAUGCAGUCUUACCAGAUAUAAACUCAGAGGUCACAUCUUCAAGAUUGGAUAAUAUUUUCCGAUCACUGAGGAAUGGGCGCCAUGGACACCGCCUGAACUUGUGGAUGGAUGAUAACCAGCAAGGUGGUGGAUCAAAUGCAAGUGCAGUGCCACAUGGACUUGAGGAUUUGCUUGUGUCCCAAUUGAGGCGACCAACGCCUGACAAGCCUUCUGAAGAGAAUAAUACAAAAUCAGUGGAUUCUCAGAACAAAGGUGAAACUGUAGAGUUACAAGAAUCAGAAACAGGUGUAAGGCCUGAAAUUCCCGUUGAAAACAAUGUCAAUAUUGAAAGUGGAAAUUUGCCUCCUCCUGAUACAAUUGAUAACUCUGGCAAUGCUGAUCUGAGACCAACUACAGUGAGUGAGUCUGUACAAGCAAUGGACAUGUCUAGCAUGCAUCCACAGUCCGUUGAGAUGCAGUUUGAACACAAUGAUGCAGCUGUUCGGGAUGUAGAAGCUGUGAGCCAGGAAAGUGGUGGAAGUGGAGCAACUUUAGGGGAGAGCCUUCGUAGCCUUGAUGUUGAAAUUGGGAGUGCUGAUGGUCAUGAUGAUGGUGCAGAGAGGCAAGCUUCUGCUGAUAGAAUGCCACUAGGUGAUUCACAGGCAGCUCGAGGAAGAAGAACAAAUGUCUCUUUCGGUAAUUCUGCCACUGUCAGUGCAAGAGAUGUUUCUCUGCAUAGUGUAACUGAAGUUUCUGAGAAUUCUAGCCGGGAGGCAGAUCAGGAGGGUCCAGCAGCAGAACAGCAACUUAACAGUGACGCUGGUUCUGGGGCAAUUGAUCCUGCUUUCUUGGAUGCUCUUCCAGAGGAGUUGCGAGCUGAAGUUCUCUCAGCACAACAGGGUCAAGCAGCGCCACAGUCAAGUGCUGAGCCUCAAAAUGCUGGAGAUAUUGAUCCGGAAUUCCUUGCUGCCCUUCCUCCUGAUAUCAGAGCAGAAGUUUUAGCCCAACAGCAAGCUCAAAGGCUACAUCAGUCUCAGGAACUGGAAGGUCAACCAGUUGAAAUGGACACAGUCUCAAUAAUUGCAACAUUUCCUUCAGAUUUGCGUGAAGAGGUUCUAUUAACCUCAUCUGAUGCUAUACUUGCCAAUCUUACACCUGCUCUAGUUGCGGAGGCAAACAUGUUACGUGAAAGAUUUGCCCAUCGUUAUAAUCGCACCUUAUUUGGUAUGUAUCCUAGAAACCGUAGGGGUGAGACUUCAAGACCGGGUGAAGGCAUUGGAUCUAGCCUGGAAAGAAUUGGGGGAAGCAUUGCCUCACGUAGGUCUAUUGGUGCUAAGGUAGUUGAAGCUGAAGGAGCUCCCUUGGUUGACACAGAGGCUCUGCAUGCAAUGAUCCGUGUACUCCGCGUUUUUCAGCCUCUGUAUAAAGGCCAGCUGCAGAAGCUUCUGUUGAAUUUAUGUGCUCAUAAUGAAACCCGAAAUUCUCUUGUGAAAAUCCUCAUGGACAUGCUAAUGCUUGAUACAAGAAAGUCUGCUGAUCACUCAACUGCUGCUGAGCCCUCGUAUCGGCUUUAUGCUUGCCAGAGUAAUGUGAUUUGUUCACGUGCACAAUCUGGUGUUCCUCCAUUGGUAUCUCGACGGAUUCUCGAAACUCUGACUUAUUUGGCUCGACAUCAUCCUAAUGUGGCAAAGAUUUUGCUUAACCUGAGGUUGCCUCAUUCUGCCCUGCAAGAACCAGAUAAUAUUGAUCACACACGUGGCAAAGCUGUGAUGGUUGUUGAAGAGACUGGAUCAAAUAAAAGUCAUCAGGAAGGAUAUCUAUCUAUUGCUUUGCUUUUGAGCCUCUUGAAUCAACCCCUUUAUUUGUUCAGAAGUAUAGCUCAUCUUGAACAGCUUCUUAACUUAUUGGAGGUCAUCAUUGAUAAUGCUGAAAGCAAGUCAUCUGACAAACCGGGGGUUGGGGUUUCUGUUUCUGAGCAACCUUCUGCUCCUCAAAUUUCAGCUUCAGACGCUGAGAUGAAUACAGAUUCUGGUGGGACUUCUGUUGUAGAUGGUACGCCAGAUAAGGUUGAUGAUUCCUCCAAACCAACUUCUGGUGCAAGUAACAAAUGCAAUACUGAAAGUGCUCUGCUUAACCUCCCGCAAGCAGAACUGCGCCUUCUAUGCUCACUGCUUGCACGAGAAGGGCUGUCAGAUAAUGCAUAUACUCUUGUAGCAGAGGUAAUGAAGAAGUUGGUGGCAAUAGUUCCUCCCCAUUCGAACCUGUUUAUUACUGAGCUGGCAGAUGCUGUUAGAAAUUUGACUAGAGCUGCUAUGAAUGAGUUGCACACGUUUGGUCAAACAGUGACAGCACUACUCAGUACCAUGUCUUCUGUUGGAGCUGCUAUUUUAAGAGUUCUGCAGGCAUUAAGUUCCCUUGUUGCCUCUUUGAUGGAGAAAGAGAAGGAUCCACAGAUUCAUGCAGAAAAGGAGCAUACUGUUUCUCUUUCUCAGGUUUGGGACAUCAAUGCGGCUUUGGAACCUUUGUGGCUUGAGCUGAGCACUUGCAUAAGUAAGAUAGAGAGCUAUUCAGAUUCUGCCCCUGAUUUGGCAGCUUCAUAUAAAGCUUCCACAUCUAAGCCAUCUGGUGUAAUUCCUCCACUGCCUGCCGGCACUCAGAACAUCUUGCCAUACAUAGAAUCUUUCUUUGUCGUGUGUGAGAAGUUGCAUCCUGGGCAGCCAGGCCCUGGCAAUGACUUUAGUGUUGCUGCGGUUUCUGAGGUUGAUGAUGCAAGUACAUCUGCUGGCCAGCAGAAAACCUCAGGUCCCACAUUGAAAAUUGAUGAAAAGCAUGUUGCUUUUUUGAAGUUCUCAGAGAAGCAUAGGAAAUUGCUAAAUGCUUUUAUCCGUCAAAAUCCGGGUUUGCUAGAAAAGUCUUUCUCACUUAUGCUGAAGGUUCCGCGAUUUAUUGAUUUCGACAACAAGCGGGCUCACUUCAGAUCGAAAAUAAAGCAUCAACAUGAUCAUCAUCACAGUCCUCUAAGAAUUUCAGUAAGAAGGGCAUACAUUCUUGAAGAUUCAUAUAAUCAGCUUCGCAUGCGAUCGACUGAGGAUUUGAAGGGGAGAUUGACAGUUCACUUUCAAGGAGAGGAAGGUAUUGAUGCAGGUGGACUUACAAGGGAAUGGUAUCAGUUGUUGUCCAGGGUUAUUUUUGACAAGGGGGCACUACUAUUUACAACUGUGGGCAAUGAAUCAACAUUUCAGCCGAAUCCCAACUCUGUUUACCAAACAGAACACCUUUCAUAUUUCAAGUUUGUUGGGCGAGUGGUUGGGAAAGCACUUUUCGAUGGCCAGUUAUUGGAUGUUCAUUUCACGCGAUCUUUCUACAAGCACAUUUUGGGGGCUAAGGUCACUUAUCAUGAUAUUGAGGCCAUUGAUCCUGAUUACUUUAAAAAUCUCAAGUGGAUGCUUGAGAAUGAUAUAAGCGAUGUGCUAGACCUUACUUUCAGCAUUGAUGCUGACGAGGAAAAGCUGAUACUAUAUGAAAGGACAGAAGUGACAGACUAUGAACUGAUUCCUGGUGGCCGGAACAUAAAAGUUACAGAGGAAAAUAAGCACCAAUAUGUUGAUUUAGUUGCGGAGCAUCGGUUAACAACUGCUAUUCGUCCUCAGAUAACUGCAUUUUUGGACGGAUUCACUGAAUUGAUUACCGGAGAACUAAUAUCCAUUUUUAAUGACAAGGAAUUAGAACUACUGAUCAGUGGACUUCCAGAUAUUGAUUUGGAUGACAUGAGGGCAAAUACUGAAUAUUCUGGAUACAGCCCCGCAUCUCCUGUCAUACAGUGGUUCUGGGAGGUUGCCCAAGGUUUUAGCAAAGAGGAUAAAGCUCGUCUAUUGCAGUUUGUGACUGGCACCUCUAAGGUGCCUUUAGAAGGUUUUAGUGCACUUCAAGGGAUUUCAGGCUCACAAAAGUUUCAGAUACACAAGGCGUACGGCAGCGCUGAUCAUUUGCCAUCUGCACAUACUUGUUUCAACCAGUUGGAUUUACCUGAGUAUCCUUCUAAACAACAUCUUGAGGAGAGAUUGCUUCUUGCGAUUCACGAGGCCAAUGAAGGAUUUGGAUUUGGUUAA